AUGCUGUUCAGUAACGUCGGUCUGGCUCUCGAAGUCAUGCAGGACAGCAUCAGAAGCGCAGAUGGAGUUCUUCGCCACCUGUACCUGAAAGCAAGGGCCACCGCUGAGGCUAGCGUGAAUCACCCUGCCGGUCUGCUGUUGCUAGGAGAGCUUUCCUUCCUGAUCUUUAUCAGCGCGCUGAUGGGGGGCAUCGAGUCCUGCAGAGUGCGGGGCCUCUUCUUCAUGCAGAUUGCGGCUGCCAUUCCUGGCCAGUUCCUGAUCACAGCAUCGCUCAGCAGCAGCCUCGUGUCCUUCUGCUUCGUCUGGGUGCCUUUCCUGCUCAACGGAUUCCAAGGGGAUCGAAGCGCUCAGUGCGCCGAGAGACGCAAGCUCACCGAUCGCAUGUACUCCCUCAUUAGCUUAAUCCCAGCGCAGAUCCUGACGCCCUGCUUCUUUGCCUUCGUUUUCGCACACCACCAUCCAGAAAGCCCCUGGUACAAUUUCCUGGCAGCGUUUGGCGGCUAUCUUCAGAUCUUCUUUUGGAUGAUCUCACCGCAAUUGAGAGCUGAAAGCACCGCUGAACAGAUGGAACGGUAUGCAGUCGAGGCGUAUCAAGGUGUCGCUCUGACCAUUGUGGGCUGGCGCUUAUUCACACUCUUCUGCCUUCGAGAUGGCUUUGUAGUCCUGUUGUCGCUCCUCAAGGCAACAGCAGAGACUGCUGAAUCGCAACCGGCUUUCGUCUUCUUCUUGGUUGACUUGAUUGGCCUCACGCUGGCGCUCACUUACCUUGCUCUGCUGGAGGACGGGCCGGUGGUUGCUCUCUGCACGCUGGUGGGGGCGCUCAGUUUUCGAGGACCGGCACCAACCUUUGCAAUCUACUGCGUUUAUCGGGAGCUUAAGAUUCAAGAGUCCUUAAAAGAUCCGACCGUGACAACGAAGCAAAGGAAGAGGCAAAGGAAGAAUACAACACAUGCAGCCAAACGGAAGUAG